CCGCGCUCCCGGCCGGAUGCGGAAGUGAGCUCGCAGGGUGGUGGCGGAGGAUGUGGAGUUCUGGCACUAGCCCAGUGAGCCAGUCAGGUAGCCAGCUAGCCCGGGCCGGUGGCCAUGCAGUGAGCUAUGAACAAGCAGGACAUGGCUGACGAGGCUCUCUUCCUGCUGCUGCACAAUGAGAUCGUGUCCUGUGUGUACAAGGGCCCCGAGCAGGGGGAUGUGGUAAGUGGGGCCACCUACCUCCACUCUGAUAGCUUCCUGUGUAACCCAUCACUAGGAGCCCUGCUGUACAAUCAGGGGAAGAUAGACAAACUAAUGCAGAAAGAAUAGAGGACCCCAACUCUUCCCCUGAUUGUACAGCGCUGCAGAAUAUGUUGGCGUUUCCUAAAUGCCUGUAAUAAUAAUACUAAUAUAUAUUUAUUAUUAUAAUUAUUACUGGCAUUUCUAAGGCGCCAACAUAUUCUGCAGCGCUGUACAAUCAGGGGAAGAUAGACCAUACAAUAUAGACAAGAAAUUGGAUAAGGAUCAGCGCUUAUUUAUCACUUCUCUAAUUUGUCAAUAUAUAUAUAUAUAGAUAUUUUUAAAAGAACAGCUGCUGUGCAUUCAUGCGAUACCUUCUAAAAUCACAAACUGUUUUUUUUUACUGUAUACAAUAUAGACAAACUAAUAUAGAUGGAAUAGAGGUGUGCGACUCUUAAGUCUUAUUGUAUAGCGCUGUGGAAUAUGUUGGCAUUUCCUAAAUGCCAGAAGUAAUAAUACUAAUAUAUAAUAUAUAUAACAUUGGCAUUGUAUUGCAUGGAACCAGAAUUAUUAAUACCUUAAAGAUAACACCGCAAUUUUAGGUGUAGAUUGAUGGGCAAAGGAACAUUGAAAAUACAAUUGUGUCAAUUUGUUUAUGAUUUGCAGAAAUAAAAAAUAAAAUUCAAACAAUUGAAUGUCUUUAGAGAAUAAAAAGUGUAUACAAAGUAAAAACAGAACUAUUGUUAUUGUCGAACACGUUAACUGAAAAUAGAAAAAAAGCUAAAUAUAUUGUUUUUGGAAUCGUUAAGGACUCCAAUGUAGCAUAACAUAAAUACCAACAGAAUGCAAAAAUAAUGUAUUCAUAAUGCCCAUAUACUAGGAAUCAUAUACAGCGGUUAAGGAAAUAAAACAGAACGCAAAUAUACAAUUUGCUUUCUAGAAACCAAUUGUAUUAAAUUACACCUUUUUAUGGUUAGACUACUGCUACUGUCUAAUGUUUGCACACAUUUAUCUUCCUUUAUAGAUUGUGUUUGUUUUGGCUCAAUCUGUGUUCAAAUAGAUUUAUUACACUGUAGACAUAUGCAACCAGUGGCACUGAGCAUGCUGCAUGACUGGCUCACUAAGCAGAGGUAGUUUAUAGCCAACAUUUUUCUAGGUGACUCUACCAAAUAUAUAUUAUUUAUUUUUUAACUGGUGCACAUCAAAACAUGCUUAAAGGGUUAAUCCAACCGUCAUGACCACUACAGCCUGCUGUAAUGGUUAUGAUUGUAGGUGAAUACUGGUGCCUUUCCCCUGUAAUCGGGCAAACUGUUUUACAAUUGUCUGCCCUCUGACCUGGCCCUGCUGGGCGCCAUGGAUUGUCUGAAGCAUGGUUUACAACAACUGGAUUCUGCAGAAGCCAGUGCUGAUCCUGCUACUCAUACAUUGGCUGAGAAAUUUGCACAGAAUUGACACUGGAUGACACCCAAUUACGCUGCAUGGAGAUACAACUGCUGCAGCAAAGGGGUUAAACUGAGUAUGUGCAGCAUUUCAAAGUGCAACGUUGCACAUGCAGACUCCAGACACAUGACCACUUGAAAUCACUGAUGGUCAUGGUGCCUGGAGUAACCCUUUAAUUGUAGUGAUAAUACAAGCAUUAUAAGGAAUACAGAUAUUUGUAACUGUAUAUUUCAGUUAUAGUAGCUAGUCUGAAAAUUGCUGGGUUCUGUAAAUUAUAUAGACUGUUUGUGUUAAAGGAACAAUGUAGCAUUAGGAAUACAUCUGUAUUCAUAGCGCUACAGUCUUGAUGCCGCUUCUCAUUUAUGCUCAAUGUGUUAAAAGAUAAAAAUGAACAACUCACCUUUUCUCCUUCUCGAGUUACAUCAUCUUGGAGGUGUGUAUCCAAGAUGAUGGCAAAUCCACUGUUCCUAAUAGAGGAGUAUUGGGAAACGUAGAUGCAUGCAAGGAGCUCUCUGUGAUGUCUGUUUCCUCCAUUGAGAAUUAUUGUAGUCAAUAAUUCUCUAUGUCGGACCAUGAUGGCACUGCACAUGCAUGCGUGACGUCACGGUAUAUUACGCUAUGAGAGUCGGGAAGAAAUGUUUCCGGCUCUCAUACCCAGAAAGUUUGGAGGCAUAGCUUGAAGCUGUGCUUCCAAGCGUUCUAAUUAUUGAAAUAAAGUGUUUUGGACAGGAUGGCCAGCACUGAAGGCACUAUAACAGUUUCAAUAAGAUGAAUUUGUCAAAUUGCCAACGGUGUACAAGUGCUCAUGCCAUUGUACAGAACACUGGUGAGACCUCACUUGGAGUAUUGUACACAAUACUGGAGACCGUAUCUUCAGAAGGAUAUUGAUACCUUAGAGAGAGUUCAGAGAAGGGCUACUAAACUGGUUCAUGGAUUGCGGGAUAAAACUUACCAGGAAAGGUUAAAGGAUCUUAACAUGUAUAGCUUGGAGGAAAGACGAGACAGGGGGGAUAUGAUAGAAACAUUUAAAUACAUAAAGGGAAUCAACACAGUAAAGGAGGAGACUAUAUUUAAAAGAAGAAAAACUACCACAACAAGAGGACAUAGUCUUAAAUUAGAGGGACAAAGGUUUAAAAAUAAUAUCAGGAAGUAUUACAUUACUGAGAGGGUAGUGGAUGCAUGGAAUAGCCUUCCAGCUGAAGUGGUAGAGGUUAACACAGUAAAGGAGUUUAAGCAUGCAUGGGAUAGGCAUAAGGCUAUCCUAACUAUAAGAUAAGGCCAGGGACUAAUGAAAGUAUUUAGAAAAUUGAGCAGACUAGAUGGGCAGAAUGGUUCUUAUCUGCCGUCACAUUCUAUGUUAACAAUUUUUAGAUUGGUAGAAAUUAUACUUGUAAAAUAUAAUUAUUUGUUAAUGUUUUUACUUGUGUUGGUUACUCACCUGAUGAUAUUCUUUAUUUUAUUAAUUUUGAAAAUAGAUAUAUUUACACUUUUUUGUUUUCUUUCAGGAAAAUGGAAGAUGCAUAACUAAACUCGAGAACAUGGGAUUUAGAGUAGGACAGGGAUUAAUAGAAAGGUAUGUAGAACAACCCAAAAUAUAUCAUUUGGUUUUGUGAGAGAAUGCCAAUCUUGUGCUAUGGGCCAGAUUAUGGUACAUUUGGUUUUAGCUUUUCUUCAGCGCUUAGAACCUGACAAACCCCGGAAGCCAAGGUACCCUAUUGUUGAUCUACUCCUAGUAGACUGGAUCGGACAGCAACUUUGCGUACGUUUUCCUGAGCAGGAUUAUCAAGUGUUUAUUUGUGGCAGAUGAUCUUCAUGUUUGCCAACUUUUUGUUACAUUGUUAUUAUUAUUAUUAUUUUUACAAUUCUUUAUUUUUGUUGUGCAUAUAGUGAGAUACAUUGAAACUUGCAGUGCCACGACAGCAGCAACAAGCAUGACACACAAACCGUUAAAUCUGGACAUGGCAUGCUAUUCCUCUACACAUUUUUAAAGUAGGAAGUGAACAGGCUAAACAAACAGGACUUGUAUCAUAUUGCUGAUAAGAGAUAGGUACUUAGUGUAGAUAGACAUGUUAAGAUGAGGAAUACAGUAGAGUAUACCACCAGACAGCCCACAAUACGCAUGAAUAAUACCCUAGAGAAAUGACAGCAUGAUAAAUUGCAUUAUCCUCUACGACAUGCUGAUGGAGAUUGUUACAUUAUUAUUUUAAGAAUUUUUUUUUUUUCAUGGUGCCAGCUUACACCAAUGACCGUCUGCAAUGUCACGAGCCCCCAAAGCUGUUUGUGCUAUCAGCUCUGGAGAUCUGAUAAGUCUGUGUUACUGCUGCCCAGUCCUUACACUUUUCAUUUUUAUUAAUCUAGUAAGUGUCCUACAGGGUCUGUAUUUAAUGUGCUGUACUCUGCAUCUUAUCUGCUGUUUGACAAGAUUAAAGCUCAUGUGUUUGGAGUGAGUCUGACUAUAAGGUCUGCAUAUCUCUUGCAGGGAGAGUUAAGUGGUUGCCUCUUUGUAGGUAAAGUAACAUGUGGGAGCAGACUUUAUUACAUAUGUAAGGAGAACUCAUUUCAGAAGUCCCUUUUAGAAAAGUGAGUCUGUUUUGUUUGUCAAGAGUCCAGAAUUAAGAAUUAGCACAAAUUAACACACAUGUCAAACAGAGCCUGUAUGCUAGAGUUGGAACCAAACCAACCCCUCAUCAUAAUCUCUUCAAGGUACACUCUAAGCACCACAAACAUUAUCUUAAUUAAAUGGUUAUGGUGUAUAGAUCAUGCCCUGUAGUCAUCUCAUUGCUCAGUUCUCUGCCAUUUAGGAGUUAAAUCACUUUGUUUAUGUUGCCCUAGUCACACAUACCCUGGUUGAUAUUUACACAAGCUCUCUAACAUUUCCUGUAAUGAGAGAUCUAAUGUUUAAACUUCCUUUAUUGCACAGUGUGUUUAAUUUAGAAUAUAUUAUCUCCUGUUAAUAGUGUGCUAGAGACCACAGGUGCAUCCUGUGUGUGAUUAAAAUUGUUAAUUGACAGAACUAGAGAUUGUAUCUUCUAUAGCAAACACACUGCUGUUAGAUCUGAUUGAAAAUGAAACAAAAUUAUUUUUAGAGAAAUGCUGCACUGGCCCCUGUGCACUUGAGCAUUCCUUCUGUAGUACUAUAUUUAUGUAUUUGGCACAGCAGCGGUUAAUUUAAUUUGCAAAGUCUGCAGUGACUGCCAAGGCUGCCUUGUACAUUGGUGAAAGAGAAGAUAUUACAUAACUCAAAAUGGCAGUGCACUCCCUGAAACAAGGUUUCACCCUAAUGUGUCUUGUAGCCGGUGGUGACUCAUUCUGCGUUCUUUAAAUACAUGACCAAUGGCGGUUGAGGAUUCCAUUACAAGACCACAAAAAAAAGAAUCCUACUCUUCUCAAAACUACCACCUUGGAAUUUAAAGGAACACUGCAAUGUUCACACUCCAAAGUAAAAGACAAUACCUUUUACUUAUAACUCUAGGGAGUAUAAAAAUAACUGCUAAGAUUUAGGGUCCCCACUGAUGCCCUAAAAUGAAUCCAGUGUCGAAAGGGUCGCCUCGCUGCAGCUCUGCUCUAAAUCCUGGGAGGAUCACUCAGCAUAAUUUGUAGAGAAAUUUUGGGGGAAGGGUGCAUGCCUGACAAUCAGACAGCUAGAGAGGUUUUUUUUCACUACCUUUUAGUUUCACAGAGCUGUGCUAGUGCCCCCUUCCUUCCCCCCUUCAGUGAGUUGCGCUGGUAAGCCGCUAUUACAUGUGCUUGUGGUCUGGGCUCCAGCAUAGAGGCUUCUCCGUGACAAAGGGCAGGGCUGGCAAACGCUGCAGACUAAAGACGUGCAGCAUUGCAUGCUGUUUUUAGAUCUAUCACCAAUAAAAAUUGCAGAAAUAAAUGCAUGUGUAUUUUCAUUGGGACUAUAUCUACUAAGUCGGGAUUUUUUUUGAAUUUUUUUUUUAUAUUUGGGGCAAUGGAGUGUCCCUUUAAGGAGCAGAGCAAUGUGGAGGAUCAACCCCAAAACUUUAUAAAAAUGCAGAUUUCUCUUUUGUAAGGUGAGAAAGUUCUUUAGGGGGUAUGAUGUUCAUAGCAGCAGAAAGACCGUUUCACUAAAAUAACAAAACUGCAUUGACAAAGAGAAGCUGCUUGUCAAGGUUACACCCAGGGAUUAACACUGUCACUAUAAAAUGCAUUGUUGGAUUUUACUUGAAUGAUGUCACUCAAAUGUACCCUUAUUUCUGUGGAUUCCAGUUAGAAUGGCUGGGUAACAAGCUUUGCUCUAUGUUGUCCGUUUAGAGGUUACUUUACAGGUUUUAUCAUUGAUUUAAUACAAACAUCCUGUACCAGAGGAGGUUAAACUGAGAGUUGAUUAAAGUACAGCAAUCAUCUACAGAGGUGUAAAAAACCAUACAGAGAGUGACUAUAAAUAAUAAGGCAGCACACCUGAUAAUAGGGCAUUCCCUCAAAGACACUGAAAUGCAGAAAAACAAAAUGCAGGGUGCGCCAGACAAUCUCAUAGGCUAAUAUAAAACCAAAGUAUAAAAACACUAUAGGCAAAGGUAAACGUAAAUAAAUAAAAAAAAACACAGAUAAAACAAGAUAAUGUCCUCAGAAAAUAAUCACCUGGGCACCAGAUAAAAAUAAAAGGUCCCAGAAGAGGUCACUUCCAGCCCAUAGUGUUUUAAUCCCACAAUGCACCCUUUUAGUGCCUUAUGUUACGUUUUCCAUCAAAGGGAUGGUCUUGAUACUAUAGUUCAUCAGUCCUCAUUAAAACCCACACCACCUAAAGUAGGCCUUUUUAAUAACCGGUAAUUAAAUUAGUCGGCUCCCUACUAUGACGAUAUCUCUGUUUUGUUUGUAUGAAAUGAAACUAGAAUAAACUGUGCUUUGCAUGCUUCAUUGUAGAUUUACCAAGGAUACAGCAAGGUUCAAGGACGAAUUGGAUAUCAUGAAAUUUGUGUGCAAAGAUUUCUGGACUACUGUGUUCAAGAAGCAGAUUGAUAACCUGAGAACAAACCAUCAGGUGAGAAAUCGGGAUUGCCUCCAAUAGUUGUUGCAGCUGUAAUAUUUGUUUUUCAUGGUUUGUGACACCAUUUAUACUUUACCCUCUCCAGCUAAUGUUUAGAAGGUGGGACGGCCAUACUAUCACACAUGAGGGGUAUAGACAAGGCUCUAAAGUGAGAAUUCAAAGGCAAAUUUAAAGCCAGAGUAGCCGAGAAUACAUUUUGAAUACACCUUGAAUUCUGACUUUAGUGAAUAAGACUGUUCCUGAUAAAAUGCUGCCUGAGGUGCCUGUUUUGUUCCUCAUCCACCUGUUAACUUUUGCCGUGUGUUUUGUGACAAUGAAGGCCUGAUUUAGUUUUUCUAUGACUGAGUGAUCAGCAAAUUGCUAUUUUUCACCUGAAUUCCAACAAGUAUAGCCAAUGAUUUGACUGGUACGAUGUGUGUGUUUAUAUCAAUAAACCUUUAGUUGGAAACAUGGUCAGCUGUUGUGUUAUGUUUGUUUGUGUGCACAUUUAAUCACUCUUUUCUGUCUUAUUGUAAAGGGAAUAUAUGUGCUUCAGGACAAUAAAUUCCGUCUAAUUACGCAGAUGUCUGCAGGAAAGCAGUACUUGGAGCAUGCACCUAAGGUAAUGUGUGUGUGUUUUAAAGAAUGGUCUUUAGGUGAAAUGUAAUAACAGACUUAGUCACAGAGUGUGCUCUGGUUAUUCCCACAUUCUAUGACAAUCACAUGGCUCAUAAUUAGAAAUAAGCAUUGCUUGUGCAUAGGCAUAGUUGUCUUAAAAAUUAACAACAACCUUUCUGUAUAUAUGGGAUGAUUUUAUAUUGUGGUUUAAGAAUAAUAAUGGUUAGUACAUGCACAUGUGUAUAAUUCAAUACCCACAAAAAAGAAUCCAUAUUUCAACUGUGCCGGCAUAGAACGCAACUUAUAUCUAAGCCUACAUCUUGUGAGCGUAUUGCAUGCUGAUUCUAUUGGCCUCCAUUGUGAUUGCCCCAGUUUUAACCGGUUACUUGUUUUCGGAUCACAUAUCCCCUAUUGUCCUGUUAGAACCAGCUGGAUGUAUGGUUGUUUUUUUGUUUGUUUUUUUAACACUAUUCUCUAUAAACUGCUGUGUAUCAAAAGCCCAAAAGAUGAGCCAGUUUUACUCAACCCUCUAUGCCUGGCACCAACAAUCAUUCCACUGUACUUUAGAUCACAUUACUUCCUUGUUCUAUUGUUUGUUGUCAACAAAAACUGAUUCUCUUGACCUUGUCUGCAUGCUUUUAUGCACCGAUUGGCUAAUUAGAUAUUUACAUUAAUAUGUUUACAUAACAGAGCAAUCACUGCGUGGAUUUAGAGCAACUCUGUCAAUUUCAGUGAAAUUCCAACUCGGUCAAUGUGAAUAUUUCAUAAAGAUUGUAUCUUUAUGAAAUACUAAUUGCUCAUUAUAAAUAAAUGUUGGAUCUACUCGAGUGACUAAAUGUUUUUUAUUGUUAAACAUAGGUAUUUGGGUGAGGCAGCUACUGCACUUAGUACUGCACAUGUUAAAACUUAUCAUAUAUGUGCUAUGAAUGCUUUGUAUGACUUAUUAUUGUAGAACGGGCAAUAUGUUGCUUUCUUUGUGUCGGUAGUUUGUCACGUUUAGUUUAGACUUGCAACACGACCAGUUUGCUGAACAUUUAGUUGUGGGCUCCAUAUCGCUGUUCAGCACACAAAACAUUGCCGGAACACAUUUCAUUUUCACACCUCUUGUAUUUUAUACAAUAUCUGCUGAUUUCGUGCAAAUAUGUUCUGUAACGGUCAUCAGUGAAUUAGGUUCAUACAAUGUGCAGGUUAAAUGGCCCCCCAUAAUGAAGUCCCACCUUAAUGAAAACUUAGCUAGUGAAACAUGAGAGAGUGUGUGUGUGUGCGCAUGUAUAUACAUAUCAUAUCUGCACUCACAAGAGUAUCAGAGAAUGUUGAGAUUUAUUCCAGAAUGCUCACAUGAGCAUUCCAGUCGAUUUCUGGUACCAUAGCAAUUACAAUAUAUUAUACAGGGCUGAUUAGCCCAUCACUGUCACCCUAUACACUGCCGUCCAGAUGGGAUGGAUUUGAUGUUGGUUGUCGGUAAUGCAGAAGUGUAAGUGAAGAUAGGGGAUGAUCUAUUCGACGUUCCCUGUUUUUUGUCAACCUGCUACAAAGCAUUUUAACAAAAAACCUAGGACAACUCUCAUGGCCUCUUUGCACCAUAACCGUACUCUGAACAUUGAGUGCAGCUUUAACAGAAUUUGGAGACAGGAAGGGGGUGGUUGGGGAGCGUUUGGAAGAUCCCACAAAUAGGGAGUUGGAAGGGUGCUAUUAGUUGCCGUGUUGGUUAUGUUUGUAUCCAUGUUUUAUCACAUGUACCAGGCAGUCAGUUUUAGUAUGUUAUGUAUGUAACGUGUUUGGGUAUCACACUCAUUUAUUUAUUGUUUUUCUUUCCGGUUACCUUUCUGUAUACUAAUUGUAUUUCCAAUUCUUCUUUCACACAGUACUUGGCAUUUACAUGUGGAUUAAUUAGAGGAGGAUUGUCUAAUUUGGGAAUUAAAAGUAUUGUGACAGCAGAAGUAUCUACGAUGCCCGCAUGUAAGUAAAGCAUGGUUUAUUAAUUCAUUUACUUAUUAUAAUUAAAGUACUACUAUAAGCACCCAGACCACUUCAGCUCAACGAAGUGGUCUGGGUGCCAGGUUCACCCUGCAGUUGAAAACAUAACAGUUUCUCCCUGACAGGCUGCUUCCACGAUUUACACGAGUUUACACGGAGUCCAGCGUCAAAUAAGAUCCCCAUAGGAAAGCAUUGAGUAAUGCUUUCCUAUGGGCGAGUUUGAAUGCGCGUGCGCCUCUGGCCGUGCAUGUGCAUUUGGCUCCACUCAGGAUCAGACGUCGGCGGGGGAGGAGAGGUCACCAGCGUCGAGGGAGCCCAGCGCUCAAUUAAGGUAAGUGUCUGAAGGCUUUUUUUAACCCUGAGGGAGGGGGGCUAUCCAAGAGCCUAUAGUGCCAGGGAAACAGGUUUGUUUUCCUGGCACUAUGGGAUCCCUUAACAAUGGUCCAUGGUUGUCUGUAGCAUAGGGCAAUAGUGGACAAGUACCCCCUCCCCACCCCACCUGAUGUGGAAACCCCUGCAAAACUCACUCUAAUCAUUGUAUGGCAUUUUGUUCUCCAAAAUCAGCUAUUAUAUGGAAAAUUUAUCUUUCAAUUAUAUUUUAUAGGCUAAACCCACCCCCAACACUCUCAGCCAGUCACCACUGUUCUGGGUGCAAUUGUCACUGAUAAUGUGAAAGCAUAAAUUUAACAGUAACAAUGUGACUGUGAAGGGGUGCUAUUGAUGCCCUAAAACUGGGGAAAGAGAUGUCCUGACACACAGGACGUGAUAAACAUGGAAAAAAAAUUUCCCACGUAUUUUACAGCAAUAACAUUUUAGCUCUGUAAGGAGCCUAUUUCAAUACAGUAAUCACCAUCCGUGUUUAAAAACAGAUAUAGGAAAAAGUGGGAGAUGGCGACCUUGGACUCUACAUAACGUAACCACUAUAUCACUCUUUAGUUAUGUUGGUAUUUAUACUGUGUGUCUCUUUUAAAAGGCGUUAAAUUUACCUUCAAACUUUAUCUGGAAUUUUCCUGUAUUUGAAUAAUGAUUUCUAAUCUCAAACAUCUAUGCUAUCUACUCUUGAAGCAUUUCUAGUGCCAACAUUAUGCUCACCUAAAAUAUUUCCUGUUAUUCAUUAUCGUUUCAUUGAAUUUGAAUGCGAGUUUUAUUUAUAUUGUUGUAGUUGUCAAUAUGUAGACUUUUCUUUGUGGAUUUCCUGUUAACUUCCUCUUUAAGCUAAGUUACAAAUAUAAAAUGAUACAGUAUUUAUUUUUAUUAUGUUUUAUCGAGGAUAAUGCAUCACAAUGUGUCUCAUUUUCAAGUAUGUUCUGGAGUUUUGUGUAUUCAUGUUGAAUAGUUUUUUUUUGGGGGGGUGGUUCAUUUUUUUUAAAUUUUUUUAUACAAGCAGUAUAAAAACAUUCUGCUUUUCUACAAAAAAAAGUUAUUUUUGUCCCAAGUUGGGGAAUAUACAGGUCCAUGAAGGUGUACUUACUAAACUGUGAAUUGCAGAAAACAGAAAAGAAAUAUUUUUUUUCUUCUUUUUUUUUUUUUUGAAGGUAAAUUUCAAGUGAUGAUUCAGAAGCUGUAGCACACAGGUAAAUUCGGCAUCUCGCAAGCUGAGUUGCUGAGGAAGAGAGAGCUACACGAAGUAACUGACUCGACUGAUCACUAGGCAUCUGGCAUCGCUGAAAAAAAUGGUUUUCUCAUAUUGAAACUUACUUAAUAUCCAUGAAACUCAUUGAGAGACAACACCCGAAUUUGUUCUCAGCAGUCUAAAAUGUAACUGCAGUCUAAAUGUCACUGGACAUUCUUUGAAUGUGACACAAUAUUGAAAAGUCAUUCACAGUGCAGUUUUAAUGAGCCGCAAUGAGAGGUUUAUAGGAUUAACAUUGUUUGAAUUACAGUCUAACAUAAUUGAACACUACAUAUCAAUAAUUAAUCCCAGGGCUGGAUUACCUGUAAGAUCCAUUAGACACGUACCUAGGAAAGCUACUGUAGUAAUUGGGGGUGAGUUAGAUAUCAUCCACGCAUUUUCCACAAGGACAUGUUCAUUUACAUACCCAAUUAUUCUUGUGCUGUGUGGUUUUUAAUAUUUUUUUAAUUUGACAUCUUUUAAGAUGUGGGAUUACCCAUGUAAUAUUUAACAAUCUAGCUUUGUUGCUAUGUGCGUGUGGAUCCAUAAUGCCACAUGUAAUCUUCAUUGACUUUCUUCUCAGUUGGAAUCACACAUUGCAUUUUAACACUAAUUGUGUGGGGUAUAAGGCCACCUUCAGACAGGGUAUUAGAAGAUAUUUUUUUCUUGAAAAACGAUUCCUCCUUCAUCGUGGCCAGAGGAUGUGUAUGAUGGUGCUGUUUGUCAGUACUCCAGUUAACAAAACCACAAAUAGCAUUUUAAACGAAUAUUUCUUCGAGCAGUGGGACUUGUAGAAUGUUAUUUCCCAAGUUUGCACCAGAUCAUAUUUUAUUUCAUGACGUGCUCUUUUGAAUAUUUACUUUCAGCAUGAAGUGAACAAAAGCACAUUAAGGUUUCUAAACAUCUGUUUGGAAUAGGCAAUACAGUUGGCAAAAAUGUGACUAAUGUUUUUUCUCCAAAUACUGCCGUAUAUGCUGGGAAACAAACCUCUGUAAGUAUUGAAAGCAAAGGCACAAAAUCUAUUUAAUUAUGUAAAGAUUUAUUUAUAUCCUUGUUAUUAUGUAAAUUCAAGUCAAGCCUUUCUCAAAGGCGUUCGAUUCUGCCGAUACUUUUACCUUCACAGUAUGCCCUGUCAGAGUGGCUGAUGAAAAGUAAGCGUGUGUUGUGUUAUGUUGUUUUACAAACAUAGGAAAUAAGCUGUGCCUUUCACUGAGUAAAUGGGGGAUCGCAGACAUAUUUACCAGUGAAGAAAGAGUAAGUUAACGUAUUAUAAACACUAACUGUUACAAGAGAAUGGUCCUGAAACGACAUAUUAUGUUUUGACAUUUAAAUCAGAAUCUAGUGCCCUGCAAGGGUUUACUUGUUUAUUUAAAGAGGAACUAACACUCAGGUUGAUGAUAAUUCACUUUUCUCUAGCUAUUAGGAAUUUUAGCUAAAGCACAGUGUGCAAGCAAGUUACGUAAAACAUGCGUAUCUGUUAGCAGUUCUGGGAACUGACUCUGAUACAUUGCACUAAUAUUGUGUAUGCAUGCAGGCCAUGUUUCCGUUAAUGGUAAUGGCCCAUAUUUCUGUUAAACAUACUUACAUACCGUACAAUGCAAGGAGAUGUACAUUGCAUGGCAGGCUCUGCCUUCACAGCCUUGCAUAUGAUGCCAUAUAUUAUAGUCAGAAAAAGAGGCUCAGAUUUCUUUUCAUACAUGUUUGUAUCGUUUAUUGAUACAAAGAAAGCAAACAAACCCAGCUUAACUCAAGAUCUUAGAGCGAUUAUAGCCCUUAAUACUUUUUCUAUACCCAUUUUCUUUUCGACUUCUGAAUUUUAUGAAAUAAAAAUAUCUAUGUUCAGAAGGAUUUGAUGCUGAGAACUCUGUCCUCUGCUGUUGGUUAAAUCUCUUUUUUUCCCAAUCUAAUUGGAUGACUCUCUUGUCACUUUGUUUAUUUUUUUGUUAUACAGUGUAAUCAUAUCCCUGGCUUUACAUCUUUCUUAAUAUGAACAAUGCAACUUUUUAGCUUAUAUAUAUAUAUAUAUAUAUAUAUAUAAUUUUUUUUUUUUUAAUGAAAUUGUCCAUUUCCCUUUAUUUAUUUAUUUACUUUUCACUGUUUCCAGUUCCAUAAUCUCCUUCAUUAAAACUGUGCCCAAAAUUGCACCACAUGUUGCAUCCAUACCAUAUAGCUGAGUUGUUAGUGUGAAUUUAUUGAGAGGCUAAAUUACAUUUUAUCACAUUAUUACCCCUUUAGACAUGGUGCUAUCUUACUUUAUUCAUCAUUAUACAAAAUACUGUGACAUUUUGAAGAGGUAAAGUUGAAUACCCAGUAGCUAACGUUUUACCCUGCCUAAAAAUUUACAAUCUAAAAGAAGAAUAUGUUAACACAUUUCUCUUAUACAAUAGGCAUAACAAUUUAUAUGUUCCAUUCAACAUUUCAAAUGCCCAUAUAUCUAUUGUUUUAGAUAUGUAAUAUUUCAUUUGAAGUAUUUUUCAUUUACUGGCAUUUGCUCCCUAAACCGUUAAUUGGGGUAUAUUGAUAAGCAAAUGUAAGGUGUCAUUUUUUUUUAAAUUUUUUUUUUAAAUCCCUCGAGUUUUUUUGGUUUUGUCAGUAAAAUUCCCUAACGUUUGCAACUUGUUGACAUCUCUCCACUGCUCAAUCUGUUUUCUGUGUUUUCUUCUUUUUAAUUCAGUUUUUAUUUUUUUUUAAAUUUUUUUUUAAAGUAAUUUGCAUCACACUUGAAAUUGUAUUUCAAGAUAAUGCGUCACCUUUUCUUAUUGGAGAUAGUUCCUCCAUUAUGUCUUGGACAGACUUGGUGUGAAUCCUUUUUAAAAACUAUUCAACUUGUUUAUUUAGAAAGGAAAAAAUAGCAUAGGACUUUCUACCUUUAUGUUUAGGAACUUUUUGAGAAUGGAAUGAUGGGUGUAGCCAUCUAAGGUUCCAUCAUUCUCAAUAGUAUGGUGAAGAGUACGUACUUGCCAUCUCAUGGAAUGUCCCAGCUGUGUUAUCCAAUGCUGGUACACUGGGAGGCAGAGGUCCAUGAGCUGCUCCAAGUGUUUUAAUACUUUUAUAUUGUCGUCUGACAGGUACCUUGGUCUAUAGUAUAGUUUCCGCGUUUGCUGAUCCUCAAAUAGUGAUCUUAAAAAUUCUCCAACUCUGACACUUUUUUUUUUUUGGCCAAAAUCCGUAUAGAUCAAGAUGGCAGCACACAAAAAAUAUUUUAUGCCAGUACAAAAAUAUUGUGAUGUUUUGUUUGUAUUUUAUUUUUAUUUAUUGUGUUUCCCUUGACACUAGAGUUCCUCUGUAAACAUCGGUGAGAUAAAUGUCCAAACAUAUAUUGUAGGUUGGUACAAACCUUGAGACCAUGCCUCGCUGCUUUACAGCAGGAAUCCAGACUGACAUUUCAUGAUGAAACUUGCAUUUGGUUAUCACAAUUGCGAAUGCUAUAUAUAGUGUUUGUUUUUAAAGAAAUGCUCACUUUUUAAAAUGUCAUUUUUAUUGGAUAAGCUAAUUACCGAGGUGUAUCACCAUCUAUUUGAUUGAAUCGCUAAUUUAAACCAUUAUGUUACUGUAGAAAAGAUUGUAAAGUUUUCUUUUGGCCAAACACUACCAUUUUUAUUGCCUUUGGUGUUAUUUAUGUUACUAUAUCCUAAUGAUGAACUGCAUAGAACAAAUGUUUCAGAAGUAGUUACUGUACAAGUGUUUAAAAUCACGAAGCUGUGGCUGUUUCACUAUUCUGCAUCAGUUUUGUUGCCAGUUACAGCCUCAAAGCUUUCCAAAAGAUUCAACACGGUUAUAGAACGCUUUCUAAAUAAUUUAUCUACAAAAAUGACUUCUGUUCAUUGAUUUAUAUCUGGAAAGCUUCUUAAAUCGAGGCCUUAGUUAGCAUACUUUGUUCUGUUAAAUAGAAAUUGGCUGUAAAAAUGAGCAGUUUGUAAAGUCUGAUAUGAAAGAUUUUUGUGUUUUAAGACGCUGCGUAUCAGGGGCGUUGCUAGGAGGAGGCUGAUCCAGGCUGGAGACACAAAUGGGGUUUUAUAAAGGCCAUGGACCGAUUUAAACACCCUCCCAGCUGAAUCCCCUGACCUGUCAAAUACCAAUGACCCUGCUGCUUGUUCAUUUUAAUAUUUUAAUUGUUUAUGCAUGCUGCAGAUUGUGUAAACUUGCCAUUAAUUCUACUAACGUAUGCUUGUUAACAGAAGUUCUGUUAAUGAACUAAUUAAAGGGAACUGAAAAUCCUAGUUCAGAUAUACUUAUUUGAUGUUCAUAGCAUUGCAUUCUAUACACCUGAAAUUUCACAGACCCCAUUCUAAGCAUCACUCUGCUCCUCUUAGGAAAGCUUUUAAGCUUUUCAGACCAGGGCUGUGAUAUCAUGUAAUUAAGUCAUAAUAUAACCGACACUGGGCUCCUAUUAUAUGGCCUUUUACUAGAGCUUAUAUGGUCUGCACCUGUUAAAUGAAAUAGCAGAGUAAACAAGAUUAAAACAUUUUAUAUCAUGGAAAUAGUGGCACCACCUAUUUCAAGGAUGUUUAUUCCUUACACGCCAAUUAAAAACACCUGUGUGUACACUUUAAUAAGUACCAUCCUCGUAUGCACUGGGAUAAUACGUUCCCUUUACUACCUAGUACCCCUGCAUUCACCCAUCUCUCUCUAAGUUUCAGACCUGUCAAACUUGAGAGUCAACCUCCAAAUCCACAACUAAACCGUACAUGUGAGAACAUGGGUUUAUCUUCGCUAUCGAGCAACUGCACACACAUCUAUUUUACUUUUGUUGCAACAGUAAAAUGAAUACAGAACGUUACAUAAUAAUAUACUGUCUGCAAGUCAGGGACUAUUUCACCAAUCUUGCAACUGAAAACAAAACAAGUAUUCUGUAAAUGCUGUAAGCAGCCGUAUAUAUACACCUUUAUUGGAAUACUUUUACUUGUGAAAUAAACAAUAUUAUAAACAGAAUCCACUGUCCCUUAGAUUAAAAGUUUGUAAAAUUCAACAAUGUUGAAUAUCAUAUAGCACUCAGAUUUCUACGGUAGUGUUGUAAAAAGACAAUAAUGCGUUUGUAACAUCUACUGAGUGGGGAAUGAAGAGGUGAGGGUUGUAUUCCUGAUUUAUCCAAAUUUUGUCUAAAAUGAAUAAGGAAGCAAUGGUAUAUCCAAUUCCUUCCAGGUGAUAAGACAGGGGUCAUAUGUUGAGAGCAGAUGACCAGCAGGUGCUGAGGUUUUGUAAUUGGUUAUAUUUUAAUGGAAUACCUGAAUGUUCUCAUUUGCCAAAAGUGACAAAGACAAGGGUUCUAGUGCCAGCGCAAAUAAUAAAGAAAAUCAAGCAACGUCUUAUUCUUUUACCAAUAAAGAUCAUUUGGAAAAGUUAACCAUUGACUCUGACCCUAGUUAUUUUAAGUAAGAACAAAGACCCUUCCUGUGAGCUUAGGACCAAAAGCUCAAAGACAAAAUUCUGGUACAGCCAAUUCCUCCUACCAAGGAGUAUGGGAGGAAUAGAAUAGAUAUGGGCUUGGUAGAUACCAUUGUGGCAUUGUCUGAGGCUUCCCAACGUGAGAUAAAUCCAAAUUAAUCUGGCUCGUUAGUCAUGAUAGGAGAUGUUUAAUACUCUCUGUAGUAGUAUUGGAGAAUAACAUAAGGUCGAAGUUUAAAAUGGAGAUGGGAAUAGCUCCUUCAAUGUUAAGUGUCUUAGUCUGGCUUUGAAAUAAGGGCAAUUUGGACUUAAAGGUUCAGAGAGGAGACUGUAUUAAUUAAAAGUUGUUUACAUUGAUCCAUUCUAAAAAUGUGAGCCAAAAUGAAUUAAGAUAACUCUAUCUGAACUGGAUUUUUAUGUUUGCAGUAAUUACUUUUAGAAUUAUUUAUCUUACAAAAUAUUACUGACAAUACACCACUGGGUGGCACUAAAUGUAUAUGACAUUUAUAUAUAAAAAGUGUGUGUGAUCAUGCUAUAUAAUAAAUAUCAAUUAAUACAUUCUGCUCUCAUGUAUUGGUUUUAUGUUGGACAAUAUAACAAAAUAAAUCCAAUAUUUUUAAAUAACAUAUAUUCUAAAUAAUGAAGACAUGUUGCUGUGUGAUUACAAUGAAAUGGACCACAUGGUGAAAUGUCGAAUAUAUAGGAUUAACAGAAAAAUAUAGGAACAUUUGUAAUUCUGUGAUUCUGGCAAGAAUAAGACUGGACUUCAACAUGACUGGAGACAUACUGAGCACUCCAGAGAUACUGCAUGGUAAAAGAGGACAAGCUUUUUAUCUAUUUUAUUUUUUUGUGGUCAAAAACAAGAAUAUGGUGACAAACCUUAACCCUAUGGACAGCAAUUUUAAGAAAAAGAAAAUGUUAUAGUUUUGAUGUUGUAAGCAAUUGUGAAGAAACAGAAAUGUUCUGUUGCUAUACUUCAUUUAAUGUAGCAAGUUCAAUUUUUGCCGUGGAGGGACAAUGUUUCUGCUGUGUAUCUUGACCAGUUGAAGUCCAGAACUUCAAAACUUUACAAUGAUACAUGACAUCAGAUUAUUCCUUAUUGAUGCAAGUAAUGUCAUUUUAUCACGGUUUGCAGCCUUCAGUGAUAAAAAGCAAGAUUCCUGGCAACAACUGGAGUGCACCAUAAAUUUAUUCUUUGAUGUAUCCCUUAUGUUAAACUGUUUUACUAUACAACUGAGAAUUAAGACCAAAAUUUACAAUGACGUGUACAACCAGAACACAUGAAUCUCUGCUAUACUUGAGUGGCAUAUUCUCUGAUUACUCAGAUAAGAAAUACAAAUAUUGAAGAAAAAGACUCUUUUCUGAGUAAGUUUAAUUUAACAUCUUAAGGACACAUGACGUGUGACAUGUCAUGAUUCCCUUUUAUUCCAUAAGUUUGGUCCUUAAGGGGUUAAAGACACACUGUGCGCAGUAUGAUGUAAAGAUAAAUUAAUGCUGAAUGCGGCAUCGCAAUGCUUCUAUUUUUAUUCUCCACUUUAUGACCACAUCAGACGAGAAGUUGAGGAGAUGCCUCAAAUAUUGUAAUGGAAUAUUUAGGUGUCCAUGUUCAGUACAGGGAUCAAACAUCUAUCCCAGAGCUUUAGACCUGUCUCCAAGGAGUAUUUACAUCAACAUUUGAAUCUUCAUAACUCACUCAGGUAGAUGAAUAUGAAGGAAAAGUAUUACAUUCACAGCAUGUUGGUGUCCUUUUGUGUGUGGCACCACGCAAGCCCAAACUGGUAAAAGAAAACAAAAUAAAUCAUUACAACAAUGUUAAAAUAAAAAUGUAUUAUAACAAAUACAUAUCACAAUAUGGUCCAAGGAAUGUUUAGAAUGGAGACAAGCUCAUAAAGAUAGACACUGGUCAACAGUGAGUCUAGAAGCAACCAGUGACCUAGAUGCCUGAAAGCCAAGUGAUGACAUCCAAAAAACCACAGGCAUGUUUGUCGUCUUCUUUCUAUUACUUUUGAGAAGUCUUUUUAUUUUAAUAACUAGUGCGCACAAAUUGGACUUUAAAUAUUUUCACUCUGUUUCAGUGCUGACUCUACUUUUAAGUUGUAACCAUUAAUAUGCAAAAUGUAGAUAAUGUGUUUGUAUCAACGCUUGUCCUUAAAAAGCAGCAAUUUAUAAUUUGCUGAAUCCAAAAGCCGGUAAAUGUUUGCUGCUAAAACAUGCUGACAUGUGACUCCUAUAUUUAAUGUUUUCCAUGAACUCACGGCCACCUCUAUGGAUACCGACAUCUAGUUAGCAUACACUGUUCUACAAAUUGAAUGGAAACCAAGGCCUGGCAUGUUUUAAACGUUUAUAGCACCUCUAGCUGGGCACUAUAUAAAAGGUUUGCUCAAAUCAUGCAUAAUUAGUUUAUCAAUUCACUGCUUAGUGAGUGAGCCUCUUGCUAAAUUUUACAUUUACAUACACCAUGCUAAAAGAUAGUGCACAAAUGUAUUUAAAUAAAGAAUAAACAUUGUUUAGACAUAGGAUGUAUUGAGAGUAUUUUGUUAACUUGUCUUUUCCUUUUGACAUCAAGAUAGUGACC